AUGCCAGCGCAGCAGAAGAAGCUCAUCUUCUGCACGGCCGGGCUGCUGAGCUUGGCCUGCGCGCUGGGGACGGCGGCGGCCGUGGGCAGGCAGCUGUGGGUUCGGGGAACAUUGCUCUGCUCCACCGGGGCGCUGCUCGUCAACGCCAGCGGCCCCGAGCUGCACAAGUUCAUCGGCGACAUCCAGUACGGGCUCUUCUCCGGACAGCGGGUGCGGCAGUGCGGGCUCGGGGGGAGACCCUCGCACUUCUCAUUUUUUCCAGAUUUGCUCAGAAUUAUCCCUGCAAGUAUCCACGUUAGUGUCAUUCUCUUCUGUGCAGUGCUGAUUGUCUUUGCCCUGGUGGGAGCAGGGUUCUUCAUGUUCAAUGCUUUUGGCAGCCCCUACGAGACGCUGCACGGCCCCGUGGGGCUGUACCUCUGGAGCUUCAUCUCCUGUGAGUACCUGGGCUCUGACAGACACACACAGGAGGGUUCCUGUGGUUGCCUCAUCAUGAUUCUGUUCUCCUCAGAGGUGAAGAUCCACCACCUUUCAGAGAAAAUUGCUAAUUUUAAAGAGGGAACUUUUACCUUCAAGACUCACAGUGAACAGUUUGCGAAUUCCUUCUGGACCAUCCUGGUUUGCUCUCUGGUGCACUUCCUCAAUGCCCUGCUGAUCAGAUUUGCUGGAUUUGACUUUCCCUUUUCAAAACCAAAAGAUUCAGGGACAAUCACAGGAGCAGCUGACCUGAUGUAUUAA